GGGGGAGUGGGUUUGGGUGAAUGCGCGCAGAUGUGGGUAUUGGUAGGGAUUGCAUCACCUGGCCGGCGCGACUGUAGAUCCCUUGAUCAGGGAUAUUGAUCAAGACAGAUUGGGGAAGGUUAGGAGGUCGGUCCCUGUGGGGGCGAUUUCCACAGGGACGCUAGGUAGGUUAGGUAGGUUCAGGUGUGCAGAUUUACACUCGCCGGUGGCUGGCCUCAGACGCCAACGGCGAGGUCGAGCUGGGGAACAAACCAGGAGAACAGCAGAGGAGGGGAAGGUGUCCGAACCGAGGGAAAAGAACAGAGGAUGUUUCAGGCCCAGAGCUGAUCGGCAGAGGCCAGAGAGGCAGCCCCAGUUUUUUCAUGGGUGGGGGUAGGGGAGGUGACUUUUUCUAUUGUCUCUAUUGGGCAGGGGAAAUAGAGGUGUUAUCCCGUGCAGUACACCUCCGUCUCCCCGUCCGUUUCCUGAUCCUUAGACUCUGGUUUCCAACUCCCUCGCUUUGCUCUUCAGUUGCAGGUUCGGAUCUUUGGGUACUCCAGGACCUGCUCUCCAGCCCCUGCUUCUGGACCUAUGGAUUCUCCAUCUAGUGUUUCUUCUUAUUCCUCCUCCUCUCUUUCUCCCUCUUUUUCCACCUCCCCAGUGAACGGUGAUUUUGGCUUCCCCUCCGAUAGUGAGAGGGAGAACAAGGGGUCCCAAGGGCCCAGGCCAGACACUGUUGGGCAGAGGGGAUGUUUCCGACCUAGCCCGGGUCCUAUCCGCUGUAGGCAUCGUUGCAAGGUUUCCAGUAACCAACAUACAGCAUCUCAUCUGGAACAGCGAGGCUUGACUUCUCCUAUGGCAGAAUCUGGGAUCAAAAGAUCAAGAGAUGGUGAAUUGGAAACCGUUGUAAACAUCCAGGGUUGUACCACGGAGGGAGACCUGCUCUUUGCUCAGAAGUGUAAAGAGCUCCAAGGAUUCAUUCGCCCCCUCACGGAUCUACUGAAUGGGCUGAAGAUGGGUCGUUUUGAGAGAGGAUUGAGCAGUUUCCAACAGAGUGUGGCAAUGGACAGGAUCCAGCGCAUUGUAGGUGUUUUGCAGAAGCCUCAGAUGGGGGAGCGUUAUCUAGGAACCCUGCUACAAGUAGAAGGGAUGUUGAAGACUUGGUUUCCUCAUAUAGCUGCCCAGAAGUCAUCACUGAGUGGUAGCAGGCACCAGAUGGCCAAGCAUUUUCCAAACCACCACAGUAAUGAAACUACUUCCUCUUCUGCUCCUCCUCUGGAAAAGAUGGGCCCGACACAGCUGGGACAUUUAGUUUUUAAACCAAAGCAGCCUUGGCACCUCACAGAAUGGCCAGCUAUGAACCUCACCUGGAUCCACACCACCCCUAUUUGCAACCCCCCUCUAAGUUCCCCGGGUACCGUAUCUUUUAGCCAUGAUCCUGUAGGCACUGGGACCAGCAUUGGUGUCAUCCUUUUCGUCCAGCAUGGAGUGCAGUCCUUCACCCACUCUGCUCCUGCCACUCCAGUUCCAUCCACUACAGCAUCUACUGGUGAUCCGAAGAGACUGUCUGGAGAGGGACCUCGUUGUCACAGUUUGCCAGUAACCCUGCCGACAGACUGGGACUGCACUGUGUCCUCUGCUGGUCUACCCACUAUGGCCAGUGAGAUGCACAAAGGACACCUAGAGGAGCAGCUGAAAAGCUGCCCUCCAGUUGUUUCUGAUGCCUGUCUCCUCAGCCCCUAACCCACCCAUGCAGUUGUCCUCUGUGAUCCCCAAUUUGUGUAAAUAUAUGUACAUAUAGAUUUUUUACUUUUAAUGUGUGUGUUUGUGUUUAGAGGAGAUAAAUCCUUUCUGAUUAAAUAAAUUAUUUACCUAAACA